UGCUUCAGUUCAGUACAUCACAUUAUGACCUCUAACCAUUGAUGCCUUAAUUUAUUUUAUUUUGUAUUUAUUUAUUUACUUUUUUGCAACAGAAAUGGCUCUUCUUUUGGCCUUGUUAUGUCUCACAAGUGUUGCAGAUGUAUUAGGAAAGCAAAGGAUAAAUUCAGAAAAUAUAACACGGAUUCUAGACCGACUUCUUGAGGGUUAUGGCAAUCGACUGCGCCCGGGAUCUGGAGUCUCUGUAACUGAGGUCAAAACAGACAUAUUCGUCACAAGUUUUGGACCAGUAUCUGAUGUUAAGAUGGAGUUCACCAUGGAUAUGUUUUUCCGCCAAAUGUGGGUUGACGAGAGGUUAGCCUUUCAGGGGCCCGUCGAAAUCUUGCCUUUGAAUAAUCGCAUGGUGGACAAGAUCUGGACGCCCGACAUGUUUUUUCGCAAUGCAAGGACGUCACUCGCACACAACAUGACGUCUCCUAACAAGCUGUUUCGAAUCAUGCAAAACGGAACGGUCUUUUACACCAUGAGGCUGACUGUAAGUGCAGUAUGUCCAAUGGUGUUGAUGGACUUUCCUAUGGAUGGACACACAUGUCCUCUCCUGUUUGGAAGCUAUGCUUACACUAAUCGUGAAAUCGUCUACACGUGGAGGAAGGGUCUUCAAGCAUCAGUAGAUUUUCCUCCAGAAUCAUCAAGCUUACUUCAGUAUGAUCUUGUGGGCCAGACCUUGUUCAGUGAAACAUAUAAAUUCAGCACAGGUCUGUAUUCUGUCCAGGUUGUCCAUUUCUAUCUUCAGAGGAAGCUUGGCUACCAUCUCAUCCAAACGUACAUCCCAUUAAUUAUGGUGGUUGUGCUGUCACAAGUCGCAUUCUGGAUCAACAAGGAGUCUGUCCCGGCUCGAACAGUGGCUGGAAUCACCACUGUGCUCACCAUGACCACUCUGAGCAUCAGCGCCCGCUCCUCGCUACCCAAAGUCUCCUACGCCACCGCCAUGGACUGGUUCAUCGCCGUCUGCUUUGCCUUCGUGGCUUCGGCCCUCGUCGAGUUUGCCGCGGUCAACUACUUUGCCACGCUCGAGGCCAACAGGGAAAAACACCGGCUCUCCAGGGCCUCCGUUCUGGAGUCCAUAGCCCAGGGCAGCGACGACGAGUCGGAGACGCCUCAGUCUGAUACCAGUGGCUUUAGCCUCAGAAGACGGGCGAACUCUGUGUCCGAGGCGCCCAGGACUCACAUUCCCAUCUUCCUUCAGGGCUCGGCUGUCCCACCCAACAUGAUGCUGGCAGGCACCAGUACCAUAGACAAAUACUCCCGCGUCCUCUUCCCUCUGGCCUUUGGGAUCUUCAACCUCAUCUACUGGGAGAUCGAGCGAGUUUCUUCUGAGAGGCGCAAGAUGUAUUCAGCAGUAAGACUCUCAAAGCUCUCCUUUGGACCGCUCUUUCUCUGUCUCUCACUUUCGUCAUCUAGCAACUUCAUCCCUGAUAGAGCACGAGGCUGUCUGACACUAUUUGACAAGCAUUUGAUCCUGUCCCUUUCCUAUUUGAUCACCUAUAUAGACUUUCCACUCCAUUUGCCUUUAUAUUCACAGCCGAGGGCCACGUUGUUAUACUAACCCUGGUACAUUGCAAACCCUCCUCUGGUUCUGCUCUAGUUCUGCUCUUCUGCAUGUAUGUGUUUGUGUGUUGAUGACAUAAUCUGCAGCUCUAACUGGUGAUGCAACAUUGAACUAAUGCUUUCAGUGGCCUGCCCUCUACAGAGACACGGCUCGCACUGCACUAGAUCAAAAGCGCCGGGUUUAUACUGACAGCUUCAAAGAUUUCGCCUUGAAAAUAAAGGAGAAAAAGUGCAUCCAUAGAACUGAACUUUUACUAACACCAUUCACACGCAUGCGUUUUCAGACACGUUUGGUGCCUCUCUUGACGCGGUGGCGCUGUAACAGAGGGAUAGAGUAAAUCUCAGUGUGGGGGGUGGAUAAUAUUUAAUAUGUAUUCUCAGCUUACGGUCUAUUUGAUGUUCUCUGAUGUUUCUCUGUGCAUCUAGUUCUCGGCUCUCUCUCUCUGUCGGGAGAACAUGCACAUGCCCAGGAAUGCAUGAUGAUGCUGCUGCCGUCGAUGUACUCAAACAUCUCAUAAGACAAUUGUGCUUAACAUUUAAAACCCAUUUGGAGGAGACAAUGUAGCACUGAAGAAUAAACAUGAAUUGCAUAAUGCGUAUAUGCAUUAGUGUUUCGCCUAAUUAGGAUAUUUUUUCUUUAUAUGUUAUAUUUAUCUGAUGGUCAACUCAUGCAAUCCACUAAACGUUUGAUGUUUAACCCUCAUGUUGCGUUACAGUCAUUUUUGGGGAGUUUAAAAA